GGCGCCGUCUAAAUGCGCGCUUCGUUCGCGUCAUGUGACCUAGGCCUGCAGCAGAGGACUGGACGCACUGCGGGGUCCUGUGCCGGGGUGGACUGAGCGGAAUGGAGGCGACUUUGGAGCAGCACUUGGAGGAUACAAUGAAGAAUCCGUCCAUUGUUGGAGUCCUAUGCACAGAUUCACAAGGACUUAAUCUGGGCUGUCGUGGGACACUGUCAGAUGAACAUGCUGGGGUGAUAUCUGUUCUGGCUCAGCAAGCAGCUAAGCUAACCUCUGACCCCACUGACAUUCCUGUGGUGUGCCUAGAAUCAGAUAACGGGAACAUUAUGAUCCAAAAACAUGAUGGCAUCACAGUGGCAGUGCACAAAAUGGCCUCUUGAUCUCUUUCAUCAGUUCUCCAGCAGCCUGUCACAGGGAUUCAAUUCUACUAUGUUAAUUAUCUUAUAGAACUAUUUAAGUUGCAGUGGUGAAGCCAUUCAUUCAAUGUGCAUUGCAUUAGGUAUUAGUCUGUUUAUUUUCGAGUGAGUUCCUUUUUAACUAGCCUAUCAGGAUGCUGUUAAGAAAGGAUCAUGUUUUGAAGCAGCAUGUCAAGGUUACUUUGUAUAUAAAAUUUCAUUAGGUUAAAUAAAUCUGUUUGAAGGAAA